GAAGCCCCGCCCUUUCAGGCUUCUGCAGAAUCAACAGCAAAGAAACUCAGAGCUGCAGAAUUACGACGAAACACAGGACGAGGACAGCCCAGCGUCACAGUUUUGGAGAUUCGGCGGUGAAGGUAAACAAUGGUAGCCAGCAACAUGAACUCUGACCUCAGUGGGUCACGACGUCCGGCCACAUGUAGGAGUCUCUUCAGGAACAUUAAGUUCUUUGUGUUUUGUCACAGUUUGCUGCAGCUUGCCCAGUUGUUGGUGUCGGGCUACAUGAAGAGCUCCAUCUCCACCAUUGAGCGGCGUUAUGGUCUGUCCAGUCAGAAGUCUGGUCUGCUGGCUGCUUUUAACGAGGUGGGGAACACGGUGCUUAUCGUCUUCGUCAGUUUCUUCGGUAGUCGAGUCCACCGGCCGAGGUUAAUCGGAGGCGGAGCUCUGCUGGCCAGCUUCGCUUCAUUGUUGAUGGCUCUGCCGCAUCUAGUGAACGGACCAUAUGAGUACACGAACCACAUCAGCUCCUCAGGUGAUAACACUUCCGGCCUUUGCCAGUCAGAGAGCUCCGUCCUCACCCUGUCGUCCAAUCAGAGCUGCAGUCAGAAGGACAGCUCCACCCACCAGGGGGUGUAUGCCGUGUUGCUGCUGGGUCAGCUGCUGCUUGGCAUUGGCGCUGUCCCCAUCCAACCGUUUGGCAUCUCCUAUAUCGAUGACUACGCCAGCAAGAAGAACUCACCACUCUACCUUGGGAUCCUCCUCGCUGUCACGUCCAUCGGCCCGGCCUUUGGCUUUGUCACCGGCUCCUUAAUGCUCCGCUUUUAUGUCGACUUUGACAAGACUCCUAAAAACCAGAUCCCUCUGGACCUCACAGACCUGCGCUGGGUCGGAGCCUGGUGGCUCGGCUUCCUCAUAGCGUCCUGCUUCCUCUUCCUCACAGCGCUGCCGUACUUCUUCUUCCCCAGGAAAAUGCCCAAAGAGGACUUUGCAGAUGAGGUGGAGUCCGGGUCAGACUGUAAACAGCAGACAGACGACGUGCAGCAGAUGUCUCUGCUUCAGUUCCUCAAAAGUUUCCCCCGUAUCGCUCUGCGGACCCUACGCAAUCCUGUCUACCUGCUGGUGGUUCUGGCGCAGGUGAACCUGGCGGCGCUGCUGUCUGGUCUUGCCACCUUCAUGGCCAAAUUCAUCGAGAGACAGUUCAAUCAGUCCAUCUCCUUCUCAACAAUGAUGAUAGGUGGAAUUGGGAUCCCCUUGGCCGUGUUAGGGACCGUCCUGGGUGGAGCCCUGAUGCGAAGGCUGAAUCUGUCCGUCCGUGGUGCCAGUAGAUUGUGCUUCACCGCCAUCCUGCUCUGCAUUUUCUCUGCCGUGCCGCUGCUGCUGAUUGGCUGCCCCACACAAACAGUUGCUGGGGUGUUUCCUAGCAGGUCUGAUGCAUUGCCGUGUAGUGCUGGCUGUGGGUGUCCUCAGGAGGCAUUUAAUCCCGUCUGUGGUUCCGACGGGGUGGAGUUCAGGUCUCCAUGUCACGCCGGCUGUUUAUCCAUGGAGAUGGACAACAACAACAAAGUUAUUAACUACACUGGCUGUUCGUGCGUUACUGGGUCUGGAGUGGCGUCUCCUGGGACUUGCGGCAGCGGCUGCUCCCACCUCCUCAUCCCCUUCAUGGCACUGAUGGCCAUCACCAGCUUCGUCGCCUCCUUCUCCCAGACGCCGUCCUACAUGAUGAUCCUCAGGACGGUGUCCACAGAGGAUAAGUCUUUCGCAGUUGGAGUUCAGUACAUGUUGUUCAGAGUACUCGCGUUCAUGCCUGGCCCGGUGCUGUACGGCAGCGUCAUCGACUCCACCUGCAUCUUGUGGGGCAGGAAGUGCAACAGGCAGACUUCCUGUCAUUACUACAACCUGGACCGCUUCAGACAGAGGUUUCUGGGUGUACAGGUGGUGUUUGUUUGCGGGGCGUUGCUCUGCUUCCUGUUGACUGUUGUGGUGCUACGCAGACGGGCGGUACACAAGGAUGAGCAUCUGGAAAGCAAAGGCGGCUACGAGCUGGUGAACGACCAGAAAAUGCCCGAUGGCCCUUCAAAUAAAGAGCGCACAAGUCCAGUCAAAACCUGAAAACACGCAGACAGACACUGAAAGGAAAGA